CUGAAAAAUGGAACUUGUUGAACGCCUUUUCUUGUCUCGAAACUAAUAAUGUUAUAUUUUAAAUUUCGAUUGUUGCAUGACGUAGAUAUGACUGGUACGCUAUAUUAGCAGUACGAUUGUGCGCAUAGUUUUCCUUCUAUCGUUAUAAUAUAUCGAUGUUCUUUAGUCUUGGUCAUAAUCAUAUUAAAAUAAUAACAUAACUAUAAUACAUAGUGGUUUGGUUGAAGUUAUACACAGUGAAUUUUAGAUCCUAAUGCACCAUGGAAAACGAAUUUAUUCCACUGUUAGGCGAAAGUUCCAAGUACGGGUCCGUUAAUGAAGACGUGUUCAUGAGCACGACACCAACGAUGACCGGAGCUUUUGUACGGCAACCGUCAACCGGUUCCGGUAAAGUGUACUGCAUACACGGCAAACCGUCCGGCUGUUGCGCCACUUUGGUCUCGACCGAGGACAGCAAUUCCAACCACGAAACCCCCGACCCGACUGACGGAAAAUCGUCCAUCACAAUCUGUAAAAUGGGUUUGACGCUUCACCAGCACUCGCACUCUCACGGUGGAGGCAGUCUCGAAUCGCACAGCCACGACGAGGCGACCGGCCGGAGCACUUCCAACAUCAACGUAAGGGCCGCCUACAUACACGUCCUCGGAGAYAUUAUUCAGAGUCUUGGYGUGUUGAUUGCCGCCGUUAUCGUUUACUUUAGACCUGAUUGGAAAAUCGUGGAUCCAAUAUGUACGUUUAUGUUUUCCUUACUAGUGUUGGUCACCACAUUUAACAUACUCCGGGAUACUAUGAUUGUGUUGAUGGAAGGCAUGCCGAAAGGAGUGAAUUUCGUAGAUGUCUUAGAGACAUUCAUGAGCAUCGACGGCGUAGUCAGGGUGCACAAUCUCAGGGUGUGGGCCUUAAGCCCGGAUAAAAUCGCUUUGGCGGCCCAUCUGGCAGUCAGUGAGUAUAAUCAUAGGUGCUGUUUGUGUGCAAAUUAUGCAGUGAUAAGCGUCUGGGUAACGGUCAUUUAUAAUGCAGACAGAGAGGAGACUUCCGAGUGUCUUAAAAUGCGAUUAGUUGGUUAUCUACCAAUCARUCGUAUUCUAUUUCCAGUAAUAAGUCCAUUUGUAAUAAUGGCAUAA